AAAGUUUAUAUAUCUUUUAUCAGCAGGUUGUUCUUCGAGAAUUUUUUUUUCCAUUUGCUCUAGAUAGCAUACAAAAGGAGCUCAUGAGGUGAAACCGGCGUCUCAACCCUAAUUACCACAGUCAAGAUCCAAUCCAACAGAGAUCCAAUUUUCUAGGAGCAAUCCAAGGACCUGCUUUUUCGAGGUACUUUUCGGAAAAUAUAAAUAACCUCCUCCCAUGCGAAAGGAAGAACUAGGAAACUCAGCAACCGCCAGCCAUGGCUGCCGGAAAAAACUCCGGCCACAAACCGGUUUCAGAUCCAGAUCCAAAAAGCGGCUUCUGCAAACGGACGGAAACCUACUACUCCCUGCGCCCUUCCGUCACCCCGCCGGCCUCGGGCCUUGCCCCCAGCGUCGCCGAUGCCAUCUUCUCCUCGCUCGUUUCCUCGCGCUUCUCCUCGGGCACCGCCCUCAUCGACCCUUCCACGGACGAGCGCAUCUCCUUUGCGCAGCUCGCGGACUACGUCCAGUCACUCGCCGAUUUUUUAUCAGCCCUCGGUCUCCGAAAGGGCGAAUCUGUCCUCGUCAUUUGCCCGAAUUACAUCUACGUCCCCAUCGUCUACCUCUCCGUCCUCUCCGUGGGCGCCGUCCUCACCGCGUCCAACCCCGCCAGCACCGCCCACGACGUCUCGUAUCAGUGUCGGCUAUCGAAACCGGUUCUGGCCGUGCUCCAUUCCUCCACCGUCCAUCUCGCCCCCAAGUCCCUUCCCCACCCUCCGAUCAUCAUCGAUUCGCCCCACUUCAUCGCCCUCUUGAAGCCAGACCGCCAAAAGCCGGUUCACAAUGUAUCGGCAGAGCAAGGUGGCCGUCCCAGGAUGGUGCGAACCAGAUCCGAUAUCAGACCGGACGACCCGGCAACGAUUCUGUACUCGUCCGGGACGACCGGGAGGAUCAAGGGGGUGCUGUUGACACACCGGAAUUAUACCGCGAUGCUGGCGGCGAGUUCUGGGCGGUGGGCGGAGAGGGAAGCGGCCGGGACGGGACUGCUGACGGUUCCGAUGUUCCACAUAUACGGGUUCUUUUUCAUCCUGAACGCGGUGGCGGUGGGGGAGACGACGGUGGUCCUGUCCCGGUUCUCGAUGGGGUCGAUGCUCCAGGCGGUGGAGAAGUACCGGGUCAACUACAUCGCCGCCGCGCCGCCCGUGGUGGUGUUGAUGGCGAAGUCGGAGAUGGCCGGCCAGUACGACCUGAGCUCUCUCGUGGUCGUCGGGUCCGGCGGGGCGCCUCUCGGGAAGGACGUUAUUGACCGGUUCACUGCCCGCUUCCCUCAAGUUGAAAUCGUCACGGGAUAUGGGCUGACCGAAUCGACCGGCGGCAUCACCAGCUUGAUGGGACCAGAGGAAACCAAGCGGCACGGUUCGGCCGGAAAGCUUGCGGCGAAUGUAGAGGCGAAAAUCAUCGACCCGGAAUCCGGCGCGGCCUUGCCGCCGGGCAAGCAAGGAGAACUAUGGCUGAGAGGAGAGCCCAUAAUGAAAGGGUAUGUGAAUGAUGAUGAAGCCACUUCCUCCACUUUGCACCCAGAAGGCUGGCUUAAGACUGGAGACCUUUGUUACUUUGAUGAGGAGGGCUUCCUCUUCGUCGUCGACAGGUUGAAGGAGCUCAUUAAGUACAAGGGCUACCAGGUUGCACCAGCAGAUCUAGAGCACCUGCUCCAUGGCCAUCCUGAGAUUGCUGAUGUUGCUGUUAUCCCGUACCCUGAUGAAGAAGCAGGACAAGUACCCAUGGCCUUUGUGGUGCGUCAACCAAAUAGCAGGCUCACUGAAGCACAAGUGAUGGCUUUUGUAGCCGAAAAGGUUGCACCAUACAAGAGGGUUCGACGUGUUGCAUUUGUAAGCUCUAUACCAAAGAAUGCGGCAGGGAAGAUCUUGAGGAAGGAUUUGGCAAAAUUGGCACUCCCCACUCCUCCAUCUCGUCUCUAAGUCACUCCCUUUGGAAUCUGCCCCAUUUUACAGAUUAAACACACACACACACACACACAGAGAGAGAGAGAGAGAGAGAAAGAAAGAGAGAGAGAGAGAGAGAGAGAGAGAGUUCUGAACUUAACUUGAGGUUUACAAAAGGUGUAUAGAAGCAAUGCCACCUUAAGAAAUUUUCUAUAUUGUUCCUGAUGGAAGUAUAAAAAUUUUCCAUAUUUUUGGUUGGAUUUUAUCUUAAUACUAGUUUGAGCAUUUUGGUUCACUUUGCCCGUGUACUAAAGAGAUGAAAAGAAAGGAGACCAAGUUGGUGAAUCCAAAUGUUUCUUGUUGUA